AUGAACACAAUCCUCGCGUUCUUCCACGGGCUAGUCCCAAGAUGUUUACGGAAAUCCGAUGUCACAAAUUCCGACGUCUCGAGGAAUCACUACUAUAUACCCGUCAUGCAAAGCUCAAAGUCCCCCAUGAGCGCAACCAAAGAACAUAAGAUCAUAUCAAUUCCGAUUUCAUGCGCAUCCCCGCCUUCUUACAACGAUGUAAGCGGCGCCGUUAUCAUAAACCAGGAUGGCAAACCUCACUUCCUAUCACCAGAGGAAGAGGUAGAGCGACGACACCGACUGCAGCAAGCAGUGCGCGAGAAGAUGUUAGGGCUACCACGAAUGACCAAGUUUGAAUGGUAUCACAGAACAUCGGGAACUACAGGCCCUGUGAGCGAGGAACUACCACCACCGCUGUAUACCCCCCGAGAAGAUGAGAAGAAAUGA